AUGGCCAGUCUCUGGUCGCUCCGACGGGGCUUUCUGUGGAUUUUGCUGGGCUUGACCACCGCGACCACCUGUCUCUUCCUCUAUUCAAGCUGGCUGGGCUUCAAUUCGGACCGCUACCAUCUCAACCCCUUCCUGGCCAAGUUUGUUCCCGCCGGACACUGCGCCUGCCAGAGCUCGACCACCUUCCAAUGCGCCAGCUGUCUCGAGUGUUCCGAGCUCACCACUUACAAACCGUCCUCCGCCUCCAAGUGGACGUUCCAAUACGGCCGCGACGAUCGCAAUGAGGGCCUCGACAGAGACCGGUGCCAGGCGGCUUUUCCGGGCCUGUUCGAAGACAUCGCGCGUGCGACCGCCUACUGGGAGGCCCGCCGUGGCAUCUCCAUGGACGACCUGGACGCGAUUCCGCUGAACGAGGGAAUGGCUAGGGCCUUCAUCUACAACGGCGAACUGUACGUCGUCUCCACCCGUGCCAAGGGGGAGGACCAUCGACGCAAGAUCCUGGGCGUGCUGAGCGCCAUCCACCGGGCGCUGGUCGCCUCCCCCCACCGCGCCGAUCAGCCCAACAUCGAGUUCGUGUUUUCGAUCGAGGACCGCAUCGACGACGUCACCAAGCCCGACUAUCCCGUCUGGGUGCUGACCCGGACUCCGAGCGAGCAGGCCGCCUGGUUGAUGCCGGAUUUCGGCUUCUGGGCAUGGGAGAAUGUCCAAAACAGCAUCGGUCCGUACAACCAGGUUGUCGAGCGCAUCGAGCGGAACGAGCUGCCCUGGGAGGAGAAGAAGGAUAAGCUGGUGUGGCGGGGCAAGCCCAGCUUUGCCCCCAAAUUGCGGCGAGCGUUGAUCGAGGCGGCGCGGAAUAAGCCGUGGGACGAUGUGCGGCAGGUGGAUUGGUAUCAGAAGACGAAUGUCAUCGGCAUGGAAGACCAUUGCAACUACAAGUUUAUUGCGCAUGUCGAAGGUCGGUCUUAUUCAGCUGGUCUGAAAUAUCGUCAGGCCUGCCGGUCGGUGAUAGUCAUCCAUAAAUUGCAAUUCAUUCAACACCAUCACUAUCUGCUGGUCUCCGAGGGUCCCCGCCAGAACUACGUCGAGGUGGAGCGCAACUUUACCGAUCUGCCGGAGAAGAUGGACGCAUUGCUCCAGAACCCAGAGAUGGCGGAACGCAUUGCCAACAACAGCGUCAAGACGUUCCGGGAGCGAUACCUGACACAGGCGGCGGAAGCCUGCUACUGGCGAGCGCUGUUUGAAGGGUAUGCGACCGUGUUUGCGAACCGCAAUGUGACUCUCUGGUCGGAGCGAGACCGCAAAGAGCGGGGGUUACGCUACGAGUCGUUUGUCUUGUUGGAGAGUCCGUUGAUGUAUGACUUCACGGCUCUGAGUUGA